CUCCCCCUGAUUCCCCUCCCCCAGCCCCGGCGGUCCCGGCCCCUCUAUAGAGGGAGGGGAGGAGGGGACUCCAGCAGAGCGCCGCAGCCGCCGGGACCAGCAGUCCAGAGCCUGCCCCGCGCCCCGCCAGCAGCCCCAGCAUGGACCUCCGAGCCCUGGCUCUGCUCGCCUUUGCCCUGGCGAUCAUCUCCCUCUCGGAGGAGAAACCUGUCAGCCUGACUUACCGAUGCCCCUGUCGAUUCUACGAGAGCAACGUGGCAAGAGCCAACAUUAAGCACCUCAAAAUCCUCUCCACACCCAACUGCUCACUUCAGAUUGUUGCAAGGCUCAAGAGCAACAGCAAGCAAGUGUGCAUUGAUCCCAAGCUAAAGUGGAUCCAGGAGUAUCUGGAGAAAGCUUUAAACAAACCACGUCAUCGCACUCAUAAAAAAAAGCAACAGAAGAAACGGGGCCCACUCUGCCCUUCCCGUGCAACACCACUAAAGUCUUCAGGGAGAAAGAAUGGAGGUUCAAGAUGUAAGAGUCAAGCAUUGUAAGCCGUCUACAGGAUUUCUUACUGUAGGACCCAGAGAGCAGAUAACCAGUAUUAGGGAAUGAAUACAUUUCACUAUUAUCAUGCUGCACAAAAGCAACGCUUCAUGCAUUUCCAAAGGUUUUUUUUUUUAGUUUGUUUUUUUUUUGUCGGUUGUUUUUGGGUUUGUUUUGUUUUGUUUUUUCUUGCACGAAUUGGCUUGCUUUCACAGUGUUAUUUUUAUAUAGUAAGAUGUAACUAUUUCAGAAAAAUGUGUUUUUAUACAUAAAAAUAAACAUAUUUUUUUAUAAAAAAAUAUGUUUAUUACCCAGCACUGAGGGCAGAUAUGAAUUUAAACUAACCUUAUGUUAUUAUAUAUUUUAUUUCCUUUGCUAUGUAGAGGUUCUGCUUUAUUUAACUUUCUUUUGGUUCAUGCAAGUCUCCUGGAGUUUUAAACCUAGAAGGACAUGAACUGUACAGUGCAAUGAUGUUGCGUAAGUAGUGGAGGAACUCCUUGCCUCCAGAAGUCAUCAAGGCCAAGAACAUAGGAAGGCUAAAAAGCAUCAGACAUUUAUGAGAGUGGACAGCAUUACUGUGGGUGGCAUUUAUUGGUAUUUUGGGUGAGGGAUUAAACUCAGGGCUACAGGACUAAAGCCCUUCUCUGAAGAUCAGAGAUCUUGGUGACAGCUAUGAGCAGCUGGGUCAAUGCACAUCUGGUAUUGCAAGGUGCUAGCACUUGGUUUGUAGUAGUUGUGAGUGUUAGGAGCCACAACACUGAUCUGAUGUCACCUGGCAUUUCCUAUGUUCCUGUGUUUCUGAUGACAAAUUUUAGCACAAAAAGGAAAGAGUUAUUAAAGGUCUCACCACAUGAUCAUGUUGCAAAUUGCUGGAGACAUCAGAUAUGCUGCCAUGCACCAGGUGUCUCUUCCCACCCAUCCACGGGAGGUGGCUUCAGCUCACCUGGCUAGCUUUGCACUGAAGUAGGUGGACAUGCAUUUGUGUGGCCCUUCACCAAGGACGCUGUAGCCUCUGCUACUGAACAGUCACAUGCACCUGAGGGCAGUAACAUCUUUGAUUGCUCCAGAGAUACCUAGAAGAGGAUGCCUGGCCAUAUUGUUGGAGAAAAGAGAUAUCUGGGGCAAGAGAGGGUGUGCCCAGUUUGUGGAAGGAGUAGUGUUUCUUGGGUGUGGAAAUGAAAGCCAACACUCACAGUUCACCAGCGAUCAUGGCCCCGUUUGCUGGUGAACGGGAUAGUCUCUGUAAUUUCGUUUGCAAAGUACACCUGGGGACAGGUACUACCCCUUUCACCAAUCCCCUCUCUCAGCCAGAAAUUUCUUUCUCCUGAUUCCAGCCUGUAUACACAAUAUCUUUGCUAUAUAGCGUAUGGAAGGACACCUGCAGUGCUGCAAUAAUCAUGUUAUGCUGUGCACUAGGAUCCGGGGGAAGCGCAUUUGUACAGCACAGUGCUUGUGUUUGUAUGUAUCUGUGUGUGUACUGUAAACAAAAAAAAUGUAAGAUUGUAUUUGUUUUUUCUUUUUUGAGCGGGUGGCUUCAGAAGGAAUCUUCUUCCCUGCAGCCUGUGUCAGAAACACUGAGAGGGGUGUUUCACUAAGCACUCCUUUUUGUGGCAGGUAUCUUUAGUGCCAAAGAGACACUUCCUCUAGCCAGGGACUACCUUAUUUCCAUGUGGAUUCAGGUAAAAUCUUGUAAGUAUUUUCCUCUCUGUGAAACAGUGCUAUUACAGAGAGUGCUUCAGCUGGGACAACAUCACCUCAUUUGUUUUAAAGUAGAAACCAACUGCUGUGCCUAAAAUGUAUGUUUGUGAUUUUGACAUUCCUUCUAUUGGUAUAAUUGCCAAUGUGGUGCUUUAAGUAUAUUCUGUCUCUGUUUUGAAAGGUCUGGUACCACUGUACUUGAUGAGAAUUGGAGUAUUGAUUUAAUAUGGGAAGGAUCAGAUCCUCUGUUGUAAGGGUAAGGACAGGAAGAACUUUUUUGACCAAAAUAGGGUUGCUUAUAUCUCCCCUGGACUGUACUUUAUAUCCUAGGGUCCACUUUCUGUCCCCACACAUGUACCUGCAAUUUCUAGUGGGUUUCCAGAGGCGGACAUAUGAGUGUCAAAGCCAAGAAUGACUUUGGGGAAAGUGUGAAAGAAUCUUGGAUCUGACACAGACACAGGGCUUGUCCUUCUCAUCCAGGGAGGUGUAUUCUUCACACAUGCUUUCUAUCAAAGGACAGCUUCAGGUCUGAUCAAUUCCCAUUGGAAUGAAUGGAGAAUUAAAUUAUGUUCCGAUUUUGAUUCAACAGCAUACCUUGCUGAUUAUGAUAGGGGCCAUUAAAGUUUUGUUUCUAGGGGAAACAUUUGCUUUCUACUAUAAAGAUGGGGUGGGUAGAUGUGACUGUAUAGCCUUGCCAGCUCUCUGCUGCAGUCCGUGUUAACAGGGAGUGCAUCUGGGGUUGGUACCAGCAGGGAAAGGUCUCUGGGCAUGUGCCAACCCCAGGUUACAGCCUGAGCAAACAGACUACUUUGACAGAAGCAUUGAGAUGGGCAGUGCUGGAGCACCCUGGCCAAAUGUUGGGGUCCCAGCUCUGGACAGUAUAGCCAGGGAAGGGAGGUAUUGCAGGAAAUAGGGUCACCUGUCAACCUUCUCUUCUGGGGGCAAACUAGUGAGUGUUGCAGGGGUAGACUGUGCUGAAGGAAGGACAUUUGCUCCUGGGAGAAAUGCAUGAGUAGCAGCAGGAAGGAAAGGGACUCCCUGCAAGGUUAAGGAACAUUUACAGCCAGGUGGUGGAUGUCUGGGUACCUUGUGGUCUGUCUGCCCAUGCAUUUCUUAAGACUCACACUGUGACCUGGGCCCUGACACUGCUGUGAUUGUGACAGUUCAAUACUUGUGUAGCUGAAACCACUCAGGACAUGGGCUGCUCUCAGGGACCAGCACCAUGUCCCUCCCUUGCCUGGGCAAUGUAGAGCACAGUGUGAAUGCAGGGGUGGCACAAACCUGGCCAGGAGUAACUGAAGACUUAAGCGAGAACCCGAUAAAAGCUUUCUCUUGCUUUAAACCAAAAUUAAACCUUGAGUGAGAAGCGUUGCUCUUUGCCUGACAUUAUUUGCAUGACACAUCGGGAAGAGCAGCCAUGCUCUUGGCACUAGAGAAGUCAACCACUCGGCUGCCCGAAGCUCCCUGUGCUACCCUGUGCAUCACACGCUGUUCCUCCUGUGCUCACCACGGUCUUACCAGGCUGAGAAGCAGCACUAGCAGCAACCUGUUUGGGGAAGAGAACUUGAUUUUCCUUUCUGCCUUUAACUGUUGACCAGAGACUGAAUCAGGGAAAGGAAGCAUGGGGAGAUAGGAGUGAUGUAGGGACCACACGUGAAGAGGAGGGAAAAGAGAUAACACUGAACUGGUGUUGAAAAAGCAGCUUCCAUAAAUGUGAAAUCAUCACAUGUGGUAUUUUCUAAGUGCAGCUGGUGAAUCAUAAGGUUGGAUUUUUUUUUUUUUAAGAUUAGAUGGUAUUUAUUUCUGUGCCAUUUUUUAAUUUAUACUAGCUUUAUACUUGUAUGUAUGAAUAUCUUGUCUGAAUUCUGCCUGAGGAAGGAUGAAGAGUGACUUUCUGAUGUGUUUUUAACUAAGGUGUUCGAGCAAAGGUGACUGUUCAUUUUGCAAUGAAGGCUAUAUUGGAAGUUAAAUAUGCACAUUUAAUUGAAAAUGCAGUUCCUAUAGAAGCUUUUGUUGCUAUUUUCCCUUUGUUAGCAUCUAGAGGGUCCUUCUUUUCUCUGUCAACUUGUUUUGAGUGAUGUGAUUUAUAGUAACCAGGGGUUUCUGAGAACUCAUCACCUAAAAUCAGAAUUUUUUCUUUACCAACAUUCCACCAAGACAAGCCUUGUCUGCAAACAUGAAACUCUGGUGGACACAGAGAAGAAAACAUGUAUCAUGAUGAAAGGGCUGCAUGAAUCUCCCAUCUUCCACACCUUAAGAACUCAGUGUUGUCAGAAUGUGGUAAAUACUGUACUUUAUAUUUUUAGUAAGUAAAAAGAAAUAUCUUCCCAAAUAAUGUGAAAAGGGAUUUGUAUUUGUGUUCCUGUAAGGCAGCUUUUAUGGAGGAGUUAUAUUAUGCUUUUGAAAUUACUCCUUUCAUAGACUAUUUUGAAAAUAAACACUUUAAUGUUGUUGUAAUUUCUCCCAUAAAUGUGUAUGUACUUAAAAUUUUCUUAAUAAAAAUGUCUAUCUAAA